GGCCGGCGCUAGGACCCGCGGGAUCCUCCCUGGCCGCGGCACCUCCCGCUCCCCGGCCACCCUACCUCUCCUCCACCCCCAAAAUGAGGAAACGGAGGAACUUGCACCAAGUUGUGCAGCGGGGCCCGCCUUGGGGGUGCGCAGCUGGCACGCGGGGGCCCUCCUGGGGGCGGGGGCGGGGCGCGGCCCGGGGACGCCCCCUGAGCAGGUGAGCCCUCGCUUCCUCUGUGCCUGGCACUCCUCCACCCAUCUUAGCCAGGAUGCCCACGAGGCGCUGGGCCCCAGGUACCCAAUGCAUCACCAAGUGUGAGCACAUGCGCCCCAAGCCUGGAGAGCUGGCCUUUCGCAAGGGUGACGUGGUCACCAUCCUGGAGGCUUGUGAGAGCAAGAGCUGGUACCGCGCCAAGCACCACAGCAGCGGGCAGGAGGGGCUGCUGGCAGCCGGCGCACUCCGGGAGCGUGAGGCCCUCUCCACUGACCCCAAGCUCAGCCUCAUGCCGUGGUUCCAUGGGAAGAUCUCAGGCCAGGAGGCGGUGCAGCUGCUGCAGCCGCCUGAGGAUGGACUGUUUCUGGUGCGCGAGUCAGUGCGACAUCCAGGUGACUACGUGCUGUGCGUGAGCUUCGGCCGAGAUGUCAUCCACUAUCGCGUGCUGCACCGCGAUGGCCACCUGACCAUUGACGAGGCCGUCUGCUUCUGCAACCUCAUGGAUAUGGUGGAGCAUUACAGCAAGGACAAGGGGGCCAUCUGCACAAAACUCGUGAAACCCAAGAGGAAGCCGGGGGCCAAAUCUGCGGAGGAGGAGCUAGCCAAGGCCGGCUGGUUACUAAACCUGCAGCAUUUGACUCUGGGAGCGCAGAUUGGAGAGGGGGAGUUUGGAGCGGUCCUGCAGGGCGAGUACCUGGGCCAGAAAGUGGCCGUGAAGAACAUCAAGUGUGAUGUGACAGCCCAGGCCUUCCUGGAUGAGACGGCAGUCAUGACGAAAAUGCAGCAUAAGAACCUGGUGCGUCUGCUGGGCGUGAUCCUGCACCAAGGGCUCUAUAUCGUCAUGGAGCACGUGAGCAAGGGCAACCUGGUGAACUUUCUACGGACUCGGGGCCGGGCCCUUGUGAACACCCCUCAGCUCCUGCAGUUUUCCCUGCAUGUGGCCGAGGGCAUGGAAUACCUGGAGAGCAAGAAGCUGGUGCACCGAGACCUCGCCGCCCGCAACAUCCUCGUCUCUGAAGACCUCGUGGCCAAGGUCAGUGACUUCGGCCUGGCCAAAGCUGAGCGAAAGGGACUGGACUCCAGCCGGCUGCCCGUCAAGUGGACGGCGCCCGAGGCACUCAAACACGGGAAAUUCUCCAGCAAGUCUGAUGUCUGGAGUUUCGGGGUGCUGCUGUGGGAGGUCUUCUCAUAUGGCCGGGCUCCAUACCCCAAGAUGUCGCUGAAGGAGGUGACGGAGGCCGUGGAGAAGGGGUACCGCAUGGAGCCCCCUGAGGGCUGCCCAGGCCCUGUCCACACCCUUAUGGGCAGCUGCUGGGAGGCGGAGCCCGCCCGCCGGCCACCGUUUCGGAAACUGGCUGAGAAGCUGGCCCGGGAGCUGCGCAGCGUGGGAGCCACUGGCCCUGUUGACGGACAGGACGCUGAUGGCCCCACCUUGCCCUGUGGCCAGGACCCCUGACCCUGCACAGCGGGGCUGUAGGCCCCAGAGGACCGAGGUGGGGCUCCAUGUGGGUGGGGCAUGGGCCAGGCCUGAGGAAGGUCAGGGCCAGCAAGCUGCCCACCUGGCUCAGAGCACAGACGCAGGCCCAGGUGGGGGCUUGGGGCAGCCCCUGGAUACCACGGACCAGGGAGGAGAAGGAUUGGUGCCUGGAUAAAGACUCAUUCCAAGGAC